AUGCGAGUCAGCAGUGACACUGGCAAAAAAGCAAACAUGGUUCUGGGAGGCAUGAACAGGAGCCACGAGGAGUCGCUCUUCCACUCCACUCUGCGCUGGUCAGGCUGCAUCAAGGCAGCUCUGGAACGCUACUACUUCCUCUGCAGCAAGAGCUUCACCUUCAUCCCCCUGCAGCAGCAGUGUGACGGGCAGCCAGACUGCCCCUGGGGCGAGGACGAGGGGAACUGCGUGCAGCACGUACCGGACGGUCCCCCCGUGGGAGUCCGCACAGCCCAAGACAGAGCUGCCUUGCAGGUGCUAGAUAGAGAGACCGGAGCCUGGUUCUGGGCAUGUCACGAUAACUUCGAUAGGACCCUGGCAAAAGCAGCCUGCAAGCAAAUGGGCUACAGCAGCACCCCCACGUUCAGCGCCGUGAGCAUCGCCGACACGCGGGGCCUGCCCCACUGA